UCCUUCCUGUGGCAUGCGAUGCUGAGUGAUGCUCCACAACUGUAAGAAUGAGUCACAUGAUAUUAAAAUAGUUAGGUUAAUUAAGUGAUAUUUAGAAAACUAGGUUUCAGUUUUUGACUGCAAGUCAUGUGACACUGUGACACUGAAAAGCAGUCCUUCAGAAGGCUGUGGUUGUUUUGAAAAAUUGUUAUAUUUUUCCCAGUCCCAUUUUGGCUUUCUUAUCAUGCCGUUUGUGACAGCUGUCAGUUCUCAGAACUUUGCGAUUGUCCCUCGAUCGAACCGAUACUCCUGCUGUGGAUUGUAAUGAACUGAAUACCAAGGCUGUUUUAGUCAGGGGCCGUGGACCUUGAAUGUUUGUCCAAGUAGUAGCUUGUGAGUAUUAAUUGAUGUAACGGUCACUCAGUUUUAAGUGAACUGUGUGCAGUACAGUUUUUCGAGACCAAACAGAAUUGCAAAUGAGGUAAUAUUAUUGGCUGUCAUAUCAGAAUGUAUUGUUAAAAGAACAGAAGAAAAAAUUAAAUGAACAGGAAUACAGAAAUGGUUUCUGCAAAGGAAGUGCGUAAGUAUCCAAUGACCUCCUGCCUUAAGGUUUUCCUUGCAAAAUUUUAUAUGCAUCUAUUUUGCAGACCUCACACGUAAUCAUCCAUAGAAUAUCAGGUGAAAGGUACAAAUUUUUAACCACCUUAUUGUAUAUAAUUUUCUCCUUCCCUCUUUCAUCUAACUAUUAUCCUCAUCACUUUUCUAAUACCAAAAUAAUUAGCUAUAAAAAUUAAAAAUAACGUUCUAAGGAUACCAGAACAAAAAGAGGAUAGAAAAGAAGCCACAUGUACAAACAUAAAAAACAUAAAAAACACAUUCUUUGAAGUGUUGAAGAUUAAACCAUAUGUAGGUGCAUGUGGCCUGAACAGUGUUUGGAGAUGGCAGGAUUUUAUUAAAAUUGAUCAUGGGAAAAUAUGUUGUGGUGAUAUUGACUGGAUUGAACUGGCUUAGUAUACAGUCAUGUGUUUGUGUUUUAGCAGCAUUCUGAUAUCACAGAACUAGUCAGUUGGACAUAUCAGUGAAAGGUUUGAGACUGUCAUUCUCAUAGGUGGAUUGCUCGUUGCAUGUUAUUCUUGUCAAAUUGAUGGUAUGUACAUUAAGAUGAAGGUGAGACAAUCGAUAACAUAUUUGACAUAAAACUUCUUGAGAGCAUACUGAAAUGUACAUAGUUCUAAUUUGGUGUGAACAUAAUGUUGGAAUCAAAGCCUUGCUAUUGAUACAUAGGUUAAUGGAACCAAUAAAACCUGUCUUAACAGUACAUUUUUGGUGGCCCAAAAUAAUAUAGAAAUUGAAGUGAUGAAUGGUUCACUGGUUAUUGGUGUGUGUAAAGUUGUUGCAGUCUGUCAUGUGUUUUCACAUCCAUUAUAUAUAAUUCUGUAACGUAAUAAAAUUGUAAUUAAGUAGAAGUAUCUGCAGGGGUGUAUGACAACUCAGUUGAAAGAUAGCAUCCCCCUGGUGUAUAAGAUUAUCGUGAUCUGAUUUAUGAAUACUGCAGAAUUACACUAUUUUCGAUUAUUAGUUGUUAGCACACAAGACUGUUUUGCCACAUUUUAUGAACAACAAAUAGUUUUCUGUGCAUUGUUUCCAUUUUGUGAAUAUUUGUUUGUAUGUGAAGUUACUGUUUAUCAUGGAAUGUGAAUUUGUUUAAAGAUUUGGAUGACUUUCUUUUCAAAUCAUGCACCUAAAAUAUGUCCACAUAGACAGUAAAAUUGUUUACAUAAGGUCUAAUCUGAAAUCAAGAGGAUAACCCAAAUGUACAUUUUAUAUGCACUUAAUAUGAUUGAAUAGAGCCGCCCCAGUUUACAUCUCCACGAAGACAUAUGACAGGGCCCUAUUUGUGUAUGUUCCUCUUCUAGUUUUAACCAAUUUCAACAGCCACAAAAUAAUGAAAAUGAUACUGAUUGUAGUGCCAUUAGUCGAGUUCGACUGCAGUAUAAAACAUAUUUCUCUGCCUUUGCAGUCUAUUUACUUUGGUAAGUUUUAACAUGUCCAUCAAGACUGUCUGUUGUUUUGGAAUAGAAACAAUGCUACUGCAUAAGUGUAGUAUUACAGAAAACCUCUAAGCUGUUUUUCUUCAACUGUGGUCAGGAAUUCACCUUUGAAGACCUGAAGGUCAUGCAGGUUAUUACAGUAUUACAAAGGUGUUAUGUGAGCCACACAAAACGCUAUGUUCUUAACACUGAGAAGUCCUGUACUUUCUUAUAUUCUGUGAAUUGCAUCUCCAUGUUUAGCAUAAAGGAUAAGUUUCUUUUGAUAUUAAUGGUACAAGACCAGUAUUGAUAUUGGUCCUUGUAAUUCCAAUGGGUCAUUCCCUUGGUGUUAAUACAGUACAAUAGUGUAUACUGGUUAAAAACUAAUGUCUGCAACGUUACACAGAUCCAUGUCAUGGCUGUUGGUUGAAACUUUUAAUACUGUUGGCCUGUUUGAACAAAAUCAUGACCGAGUAUUGCAUCCAAGUGGUUAAAACAGUUGUUUGUAUCUGGGAGGUGUAGGGUUCAAGUUUUGGACAAAGACCAAUUAUCUUGACUGUUGUACUUGCUGGGCUUCAACAGAUUUUGUCAAAUGCUGUGAUAGUAAAUCAAAUUAAGCCAGUCCUAUGUUUAUCUCCCUUCCAAUUAAACAUGUCAUUACAUGCUAUAAAGCCCGAGCUACCAGCAACUCCGUUAAAGUUGUAAUCUAAGGAUAUUCAUUCAUUUUCUAGUUAUGUUCCAGAAAUGUAAUUUUUUAACUUUCAUUUUGUUGGGUAAUGAAUUAUUCCUUGAUUGGUUACCAUGUUGCGUGUACAUGGGAAAUUCCUGUCAGUGUUGGCAUCCAUGACUCAAAAUGGCGAGAUGGCCAAUAUGGAGGUAUAUUUAGCGCAAGACUUUAGGGCAUGAGUAGAACGAACUAUGAUCAUAAGCGUUGCUGCUUUAAUAUCCUAUAUGUAACAAAACUGUUGGAAGACUGGCUGUCGAAAUGUAAAAAUUACUUAUACGAAUGUACAGUACGUAUUUUACAUGUCGGUUGCUUUGUAUGGAAGGGGAGCAAGAAUAUAAUAUUUUACUAAUAAUUCUGUUCCCUAGUAGCAGACACGAACAAAUCUUAAUGGAGGUACCAGACAGAGAAAAGCCUCUGUCCCCACAGGAGUUUUGUGACUACGAUGAUGAGACAGAGGUGGAGUUGGAUGAGAUUACAGUCAGUCAAGAGAUCGUAGAGGUGGAGCUGGACCCAUCCACGCUGCUAUAUGUUAAUAACUCAAAGUCCAGUAAUACCAACACAAGGCAACAAAGCCCUGCCCCCUGUCAGACUGCAGUCACCAAAGAGAAGCCUGUCACUGACCUAACUGCCCUGAAGAAGGCAAGAAUUAAGUCCAGGAGUGAGUCAGGUCCCCUCGAGCACCAAGAUGAAGAUGAAGAUGGUGAUAGUGGUGGUAAUGAAAGCCAUGAUGAGAAUGACAGUGAUAAUGUUCCUAGUGACAGUGAAAGCAGAAAGCGGGAUUCCCAUCCCUGUGAUGUGUGUGGUAUGGCAUUUCGGGAACGGAGUCACUUGGCCACCCACAAACGCAAGCAUAUGACUGAGAGACGGUUCAAGUGUAAUGAGUGCGGUUCUUGUUUCAAGACAAAGUCCAGUUUGCAUUUCCACAUGAAGCGGCACUCAGAGGCACCGUUCGUCUGUGAGCCAUGCAACAAAGUAUACCCUGAACGUAAACAGCUGAUGCGUCACAUCCGGGUCGUUCACACGUCUUUAAAUCGAUAUCCGUGCGAUCAGUGUGAUAAGGCAUUUAAAACACGACAGAAACAUGACCUGCACUACACAUUGCACACGGGAGAGAAACCAUUUGUAUGUGACCUCUGCCAGAAAGCGUUUGUAUACAAGAGUACAUUUGUGCAACACAUGAAUUCUCAUGCUGCAAAUAAAGAGUUUAAAUGUGACAAAUGCCCGAAAGAAUAUGCCAUAUGUGCAGAAUUUAAGCGCCAUUAUGCGAACCACGCGGAUUUUCGGCCUUUCAAGUGCACCGUGUGCGGUAAGUCCUUCCCCCUGAAGGGGACACUCAAGAACCACAUGAAAAUUCAUGCUCCAGAAAAGCCAUACAAAUGCAACAAGUGUGAAAAGAGCUUCAUGAAGAAACAGUCGCUGGACUGCCAUUUGAUGCUCCACAAUGGGCAGAGCCCCCAGUUCAUGUGUGACCAGUGCUCUCAGUCUUACUACAAUCUGUUUGCACUGAAGCGACACUAUCUGAAGCACACGGGCGAACGACGCUUCCGCUGCGAGGUCUGCCACAAGGCCUUCUGGAUGAAGGACGCACUGAAAGUGCACGUGCGGACUCAUAGUAAUGUCAAGAUGUUUCCCUGCCAAGAGUGCCACAAAGCCUUUGCUCACAAACACACCCUGGACUCGCAUAUGAAGAUCCACGCUGGUGUGGCCUCCCACAUGUGCCACUUCUGCCACAAGACAUUCAUCCACAAAGCGAAUCUCACGCGCCACAUCAGACUGCACGAGACAAAUCAGAUCACCACCCAUGGUGUUGCAAGCCAGGGAAGGGGUGCAGACAAGGAAGAUCCAUCCUUUUUGUAAACAGCACUUAGAAGACCAAGAAGGAGAUGGAAGUAUAACAUUAAGAUGCAUGUGGGACAGAGAUUGUGAGGAUGGAACUGGCUCAGGAUGUUGUGUUGUGGUGGUCUGUUGCUUCCUUGUUACGUAGUUCCGUAGCGACCAGAAUCCUAUGGAACGUCGGCAGUGUCAAUGGAGACAUAACAAUGAACUCUGGUGAUCUCCAAGCAAACACGAAUUGCUCAAUGUCUAAGAACUCGUCGUCAGUCGCUGUAAAUACCCGCCGAUCCGCAAG